CCUGUGACAGCUCGCAGUUGUUUGCUGUGUGAAGUGGCAUUUUUGGAGCGCUCGUCGCCGUGAAACGUACGUGGCGCGGACAACCAAAACGAACAGUGCAUUCGUAUUUGGCUCUUUGCUGAGCCAAUUUGUGAAAUCAGCGUCAAUCACAAAGACAAAUCGCAAUUUGUGUAAAAUCUGCUGCUAAAAGCUAUAGCUACCCACUUGAAGGCUUAAACCAUUAGCCGCUUAACUAAGAAAUAUUGACAAGCGAAUUCCAAGUUGAGAACACAACCGACUCGCUUUCAACAGUGUGGGACAGUGAGACGCAAUAUUUGACAGAAGAUAUAUAGAAGCUGCAGUAAUAAGUCAAAGCGACCGCAGAAGCAGUAGAGCAUAAAGUGGUCGACCAAUCGAGAAGAAACCGUGCAGAGUAAGGAAAAAUAGUAAGACUAGCAGGCAAAAGACAACGAUUAGGAGCAUAGCUAGGCGAAGAUGUGGCCGAGAAUGGGCACCGCUGGUCUUGCUGCCGGCGUCUUAUUGCUGUUGUGCGUCGUUAACAGCGUCAACUCCUUCUCAAAGUAUGGACGCGGCUGCAAUGACAUUGGCUGUCUGCCCAGUGAGGAGUGCGUCAUCACCAGCGACUCGUGUAGCUAUACGCAGCGCGAGGGCAAGGACUGCGGCAACUACCCGAAAUGUCAGAGGAAAUCCGGCUCCAGCUCUUCGUCGUCGGCGCCAGUUAAUCCGUCAGUGAGCACCGGCACCACACACAACUCGUACAACCCGAGCGCACCGGUGCCCGAUCUUGGUGAUGGCAAUAGUUUCAGCGGCGGCAAUGCCGGCGGUGGUUUCGGUGGCGGCGGUUCCGGUGGACACAGCCUCUAUCCCACUUUGCCCAACAGCCCGCCAGCAGGCGCAUCAAAUCCAUACGGCGGCUACCAGCCACAGCCGGGCGGAUAUCAGCCACCAGCAGGCGGUUACCAGCCAGGAGGCUAUCAGCCGGGUAGUUAUCAGCCCGGUGGCUAUCAACCUGGCGGCUAUCAACCUGGCGGCUACCAACCCGGUGCCUACAAUCCGAAUGCUGGAGGCAGUGGCGGCUACGUGCCAAAUGCGCCGGGCUAUGGUGGCGGAAGCGGCGGCAAUGUGCCGCAGAAACCGAAAGACAAGGAAGGCGGCGGUUUCCUCUCCAGCUUUUUCUCUAACCCGGCGGUAAGUCAGGCUGUAUCUGGUAUUAUUGCAGGCCAAAUUGCGAAAAGCUUGCAAGGAGGCGGCGGCGGCGGCGGCGGUGGCGGUACUAAUGGUGGUGCCAACGGUGGCUACCAACCAAGUGGUGGCUAUCAACCUAGCGGCGGUUAUGGCGGUGGUGGCAGCAGUUCGGGCAGCGGUUCAUCUGGCAGCAAUAUUCUUGGCGGUCUACUGGGUGUGUUGGGUGGUGGAGGCAGUACCAGCGCUGGAAGUAGCGGCAGCGCCAGUAACUUCUUGGGCAGUCUGCUGAGUGGUGGUGGCGGCAGCAGCAGUGGUGGUAGCAGUGGCGGUAGCAGUGCCAGCAAUUUCUUGGGCAGCUUGCUCAGUGGUGGCGGUGGCGGCAGUAGCGCUAACCGUGCCGGCGGCAGUAAUCCGAUUAGCGAAAUCUUGGGCUCGCGCAACUUUGACGGCCUCUUCAGUGAGAAUCCAUCCUCCAGCUCUUCUGGGUCCUCCGGGUCAUCCGGGUACUCCUCAAGCUCUCAAGGCCCCAAAAGUUACCCCACUCAACCGCCAAUGAACUACUACGGUUAAUAUGAAAAAAAGGAGACAAAGCCCCUUUUCAUUUAUACUCGUUUUUUCUUAAAAUCAAAUGAUAUUUUUAUUUUACUAACAGGGCAGCUAAGAUCAAUUUCAAUUUACACCAAUUAAUAUAUACAUACUCUAACUAAACGUAGGCAAAAGAUAAUAAUUUUACUAGAGAAAAGCAUAAAACUAACGAUAAUCAAAGAGCAAGACAUUUGCAGCCAUUCACAAUUGAGAAAACUGUGGCUUGAGAGACGGCUGCGGCGAAGAGUCGUGUAUAUAUACUCGCCUAGUUAAUAAAGCAUUUUUUUGCUUGCGUAGAAGCAACUAAUAAAUAAAGACGAAAGGAAAAUGUACUCAUAGUUCUUAGGGAGAAAACGAUUUUUUAACUGUAAAGCUGUAUUAUUUGAGAACCGCUGCAAUUACUCGCAGAACGGCUUGGCAAAGAUUGCAAACAAUAAUUUUACCAAUCAAUUAGUAUAUAAAUUGUACAUAUAGAAGAAGCAUAUAUACAAACAAAAACAAAUACAAAAUGUCUUUAUAGAAACGUUAACUUCAAAGCAAUAAAUUUUAAUUUUCAUAACUUCGAGCAUAAUUGGCUUGAAAACCGAAAGAAUUCUGAAAUGUAAAUAAAAAGCUGAAAUCAAAUAAAUAAACGAAAUUAUAUAAAACA